AUGGAGGCCACACGCAUUAUCGACAACGUCCAGUAUGGCGCCCCGAUUGAGACAACUUGGUCUUCCCACGUGACCAUAUCUCACAUCAUUUGCACGGUUUAUGCCUCACCUUUCACGUUCUAUGGUGUACUUGCCCGUAAUCCUGAUCGUAUACUAGACCAAGGUCAGACCAAUGAUGAACUAUUGUGGGUCUACGAUAAUGGUGCAAGAGUUUCUGUCUGGCAGGAAACCUGUCAGCGUCCCGUUGCGACUGGCGACAUGAUGGACUACGAGAUGGAAGACAUAGUCGGCCAUCACGAGUAUGAAAACGGACGCCUGUUUUAUGCGGUAAAAUGGACCGGGCGCGAUUGUCCCACCUGGGAGCCCGAAGAGGAUCUGGUGGCUCAUAAUGCGUUGCUUCUCUGCUAUUGGACAACAAUGCUGCGCCAGAAUCAGCACCACUUGUCAACGAAGCUUUAG